AUGGAAGACCAAAAUAAAUAUAUAAGAAAACUGAUUAAUUAUGUUUGCCUCGAUCUUGGAGAUGGUUCAACGAACAAGGGGAAAACAUUGUUGUUGCUUGGCAUACGAAGAUUAGCAAAAAUAUCAGCUUUAACAACUGUGCUGUUGUUAGUGAAACUUCGUAAACAGAAGAUAUCUAGUUCAUUAUUAAAAGAGGCUUUUGAAACUCAUAAGGUUUUCUCACUACUUUCAUUGCUCUAUCCUGUUUUAACUUCAAUAACUAAGAAAGAUAAAUCCCGAGGUUUACAACUAAUUCCUUUCGAGACAACUGUGCUUGUAUCAUUAUUAAAUUGUAGAAGCAAUAUUUCGACUUGGUUGCUGUCAUAUGUUUCUACAGAGUCGAUAUACGAUCUAAUCAAUAAUCUAGCCGUCAUUAAGAAGUGGUCAAAGUUAGAUCCCAACAUCGUAUUAAGUCUCAAACAAAUUAUACUAAGUUUAAUAAUACCAUGCAUUGCAAAACAACACCAGGCAGAUUCCACAAUAUAUAAAUUAUUGUUCAACAAGAGAAGCUACAUCAGAGAUUUUAUCAUCUUUGAUUCCGUUUGGAAUUUUCUGUCACUGUACAAUAUAAUUAAACAGAGAGUACAAGCUUACAGACAUAGAAAGCAAUUUGAUAAUACAGAUACAACAAAAGGAUAUGCCCACAAUAAAAAUUUGCAUAAGAGAAGUAAAUCUUCUUUCUCUUUGAAUUGGAAACCUUUGUUGGACAAAUUGAUUGAAAAUCAAGACAUAUAUGAUAUAACAAAUAAAGAAACAAUCAUUAAUAAGAUCCUUAACUCAUUUUUCGUCAAAAAUAUACUUCCAACUUUAAAAUGGACAAUUUGGAGACAAAGUGUCUAUAAGAUAUUUGCAUCUAGAGACAAAAAAAACAAAGUUUCUAAUAUCCAUUCAUCAGUUCUAAUCUUCUUCAGUUUCAUGAUCCUGAAUGGUAGUAAUAAUGAUCACCACAUGGACAUGAACAUAAGAACUGGAGUAAUAAAAUAUAUGUUGAGAUCUCUUUUAACUGUCAGGUUACAGAAAACAGAUCUCUUAAACAGACGUAUGUAUAACAAAAUCGCCACAUUUUUAAUUGCGCAACUAGCUAUUUAUAAUUACAAACAUUAA